ACAAAUACACAAUACAAAGAAAUUAAGGUUUUGAGAAUUCAGAGAUGAACGGUUCAUUAGUGAUCUCUCUUUUUACCCUCUUGGCUUUGGCUUCCUCCUUUGCUUCUGCCUAUGACCCCAGCCCUCUCCAAGACUUUUGUGUCGCUCUCAAUGAUACCAAACUCGGAGUAUUUGUGAAUGGGGAAUUCUGCAAAGAUCCCAAGCUUGCCAAAGCAGAAGACUUCUUCUACCACGUAAUGCCAGGGAACACAUCCAACCCAUUGGGCUCCAAAGUGACUCCAGUGGCUGUGAAAGAAAUUCCAGGGCUCAACACUCUUGGUAUCUCCCUUGCUCGUGUCGAUUUUGCACCAUACGGUUUGAAUCCUCCCCACACUCACCCUCGCGGCACUGAGUUGUUGACCGUCAUUGAAGGAACUCUCUUGGUUGGAUUUGUGGCUUCCAAUCAAAAUGAUAACCGCCUCUUCACCAAAGUCCUCAACAAAGGAGACGUGUUUGUGUUCCCUAAUGGUCAGAUUCACUUUCAACUCAAUGUUGGGCAUGGCAAUGCUGUAGCCAUUGCAGGUCUGAGCAGCCAAAAUCCAGGAGUCAUUACCAUUGCUAAUGCUUUGUUUAAAUCCAAUCCUCUCAUCUCUCCUAAGGUUCUCACUAAAGCCUUCCAAGUUGACAAGAACAUAAUUGCUUAUCUUCAAAAGCAAUCUUGGUACAACAAUAACUAAACAGACCAUCCAGUACCCAUCUGUAAUUCUACUUCAUAUUUUGUGCUAUGUAAAAUGUGCUGUGAUAAAUAAAUAUGCAUGAUGCUGGCAGGCGGGCUUAUGUUGUAACCUCAAUUAAAUAUGAUGCAUGCAAAAGCAAUUCUGUUUCCUCAUGUAACUUCAAUUAUUUAUUGGUUUAAAUAAAUAAGAUGAAU